AUGACGAGCAGCUUGGACCGCCAGAAAUCGAGCUCGAAUCUCUCGACCCUCAACGGCGAGGAUGGAUCUCACGUGCAACCUGAUCUUGAAAAACAAGCGACAAAACACACCACAGAGGAGCCAACUCCAGCAGCACCGAAAUUCCUAGAGACAGACUUGAGCCGGGGGAUAGUCGGAUGGGACAGCCAGGACGACCCCCAGAACCCUCAAAACUUCGCUGCAAGCAAAAAGUGGGCGUUGCUCGCAUUGAUCAGCGCCUUCACUUUCAUCUCGCCACUGGCAUCGAGCAUGUUUUCGCCUGCGGUCGUCUAUAUGGGGGCGGAAUUCCAUGAAACGAAUGAGACUAUUCUUGCCUUUAGUGUCAGCAUCUUUUUAAUUGGGUAUACGAUCGGACCCCUACUACUGGCCCCUCUGAGCGAGAUUUACGGUCGUCGCGUAGUUCUCAGCGGAGCCAAUUGGUUCUUCGUCGUCUGGCAGAUCGGAUGUGCUCUCUCCAAAAAUAUCCAAACACUAAUCGUGUGUCGACUGUUCGCCGGAAUGGGAGGAUCAGCAUGCAUCACGCUUGGUGCUGGUGUCGUUGCAGACCUGUUCCCCACUGAAUUGCGCGGGAGAGCUACUUCCAUUUGGAGUAUGGGGCCUCUGAUCGGACCGGUGGCAGGCCCAAUUGCUGGUGGAUUCCUAGGUGAAGAGGUUAGCUGGCAAUGGGUUUUCUGGGUCUUGCUCAUUGCAAGUGGUGCUAUGCAGCUUGGCAUUGAGGUGCUUAACAAGGAAACAUAUGCGCCUGUCUUAAUCAGGUGGAAAACGGCCAAGCUGUCAAAGGAACUUGACCGCACCGAUUUGCAGAGUGCAUAUGACAUUGACCGUGAGCCCCUCUCAAAUGCGCAGGUUUUGAAACGCAGCCUGAUUCGACCGGCCUUGUUGCUAUGCAAAUCGCCAAUUGUGUUGCUACUCUCAACCUAUAUGGCACUUGUCUAUGGAUUGCUCUACCUCUUCUUCACAACAAUCUCCGAUGUCUUCACGCGUACCUACGGAUUUACGGUUGGCCUAUCUGGUCUCGCAUACUUGGGAAUUGGUCUCGGGUUCUUUGUCGGUCUUAUGAUAAUCGCCUUGACAAACGACCGCAUCGUCAAGAAGCUUACGGCCCAAAAUGGUGGCAAGUUCGAGCCAGAGAUGCGACUCCCGACGAUGAUCAUGUUCGCCUGUAUCCUCCCCAUCAGCUUCUUCUGGUACGGCUGGACCGCUGAUAAACAUGUUUUCUGGAUUGUGCCCAUCAUUGGCAUGUUCCCGUUCGGUGUUGGGAUGAUGGGCGUCUUUAUGCCUAUCCAAACCUAUAUCAUUGACUGCUAUCCCGCCUAUGCAGCCUCAGCCAAUGCAGCUCUGACAGCAACCCGGUCGCUCGUCGGAGCGUUCCUUCCUCUGGCCGGCUCACCCAUGUUCGAAUCUUUGGGGCUUGGCUGGGGGAACUCGCUGUUGGGAUUUCUUGCACUUGCUUUCGUUCCGAUCCCCAUCAUCUUCACCAAGUUCGGCAAGCAGAUUCGAGAGAGAUGGCCUGUUGACCUGGAGGAUAAAAGAAAAUAA